AGGACUUGAGAAUCAGUCUGUAGCAACGAAAGCGAAAGUGCUUAACAGGACCUUCCGAGAAGGCAUUGUGAUUUACUUCUUUUACGGCAAAGUUAUAACCGAGAAAAUAAACGAGCACCACGACCAGUGAGUCUCGAAGAUGAUCACUACCAGUACGACUUCAUCUUCCUCCUCGAUGAGGCCAGAAUCGUCGCAGAAGGAUAGGCACAUCCAAGGUGGCCACGACUAUGUUGAUCCGCAGCAGAAUCGAAGAGCAAGAAGGAGGAUAUUGAAGAAAGCUAUGAUGUACUACAGUACAAAAACAAAAUCAUGGAAUUCUAGGAUUUUCUACUACAGAAACAAGUAUGUGUUUCACCCUAGCAGUUCAAAGACAAACAACAGAAGUAACAAACCUAACGAAGCAGAAAAUGAACAGGCUCACGCUCCACACGAACGCCGUCUUGCACCUCUACUUUCCAGCACGUCAAGAAGUUCAUCGACUAGCCUAUUGCUGUCGUCCCUACUUCACUACAAAAUAAAGGACAAAGAUCACAGCAAGAACAGCAAGAUUGGGAAGGGCGACUUUGUAACAAAAAAUCUAACAGGAAAGAUACGAAUACCUCAACAUCACAAGAAUGAGAAAAAGACCACUUCUGCCAGGAGCUGCUCCGCUACCACCACCAAGAAAAGCACCAAAACAAGAAGAAAAGCACUCUCCUCCUCCACACUGAUUACAUCACUUCUCGUACUCCUGCAUUUGGCCUCUUCUAGUACUCCUGCAUUUGGCUUUAUCAUCCAGGAGAAUUUGAUCCAGAGUAUCAACACCGAUGCCUUUCCGGUUUGCGAGUGCGCAGAUUGCUGUAUAGGUGCAUUGAUACCCGCAGAAAGCAGUUUCACAGGGAAAUCACAGAUGGAAUGCAGGUAGAAGAAGUUCUUUCUAGUUUUGAUGACUACCUAGUAGUUGUAGUACAACCGCGUGGUCUCCUGAUCUCCUAGUGCUCUGCUACGUCAACACCCUCGGCCUGGUCUCUGUCACAUCAAAAUCAUUUCAACUUGUGACUUCUUCAAGGUACCACUGGCAAGGGUCGCCUACGUGUAUGUUUGAGGAUAACGCAUUUUGUACCCCAGCACCGGAGACGCUGAAGACUAUGGGCCCUACAAGGAAAAUGGAUACUCCGCUAACGUUGGAGCAGUAUAUUUUUUAUAUUUACACUCACUCUACUGAUGAUGAAGAAGACUGUGGUAGAAGAUACACCAUUGACGUUUCUGAUGUGCUGUUGAGUAUCUGUCCCCAUGAUCUUUAAAUACAUGGAGAUUGUCAUACAUCCUCAUCGUCAGCGACGUUCGUAUACUCAUCAAAAAGAAAAACAGAAGUAAUAUUCAUCAUCAUCAUCAUUAGUCCUACCGAAAAGAAAGUUGUAAAAAAGCUGUCGUAAAAGCUGUCCACCACUAGGUUCUGUUCCGAAGGAUGCCAAGCUAUCCCAGACGAUAAGGGGAAUUUUAAAGCACACAACCAAAGAAUGUGGAACGCAACAUCCGGGAGCGGGACAGCGGCAGUGUAUCUUCCGUUAAGGUGGCUCGGAAGCAACUUAUAGUAUAAGUAUUUAGAAGUCAAAAUCGAUGAACUAGGUCUUUUACACGCAGAACUUACUAUGUAUACUGUCAAAAUGCACUAGUAGUACCACUUCUUCACUUAAAAAUCAACUUUCAAAUGCUGAGGUAAAGAUUGAUGUAGUCUCUGUCUGUCACAAGAACUAGUUUCUUCAGAGGUUAGUGGUCUGUCACCUUUGUCUUUCUAAUUUCCGAUACACGCUGUCAGAGAGUAGUCUGUCAUCUUCGUCUUUCUAAUUUCCGAUACACGCUGUGAGAAAACGUCUUGGCUGAACCCAGUAUACGAAAAGAACCCGAAACCACUUCUCCCAGAACCAGGUCCAGGCGCGCUUGCGAGAUUCAUUCGAUACUUUUAUAACACUAAAUGAACAUCGUGAUGUUGAGUAAGUAGACUGAUUUUUGAUUUAUUUGAUCCGCUUGCUUUUUCUGAAAACUAAUAAUUUAAUGAAUUAAUUAUGGUGUCAGGCGUACAUUACAGAUGAUAUUUAUUUUUCAGUGCUGAGUCAC